AUGCACAAGGUGUUGCGAGGGGCCUUCAACCUCGGCGCCACCUUCAGCUUCGUCUACCUCAUCCUGGUGCUGUUCGGCGCGCCGAUUGUCGUGGAAGUGGUUGUCACCAGCCUGUUGGCCCUCGAGCUGACGGCCAUCAUCGCGAUCCCGCUGCAUUUGGCAUACGAGAUCCGGGAGCCGCGCGACUUGUUCUGCGCCCUCUUCGUCAACCGGCCUUCGACAAAGAAGGAGCUGCGAGCCGUCUACAUUGCCUACGGUGCUGCGAUUGGCGCUUGGUUCGGGGCAUUUUUGAUUCCGCUCGAUUGGGACGUAUGGUAUCAAGUGACGCUACCCCACGCCCGUGAUGAUCGGGGCGGCCAUCGGGAGUGUGGCAUCCCUAGCCUUAUGCGAGAUGGCCAGCAUGAGGCAAAGUCGGCACAAGCACUUCAAAGAAUGAUCGAAGCCUCGGCGAAUGCAUGGCUCAGCUCGGCGGAUUUUAUUUACGAGGACGUGCCUCGGAUUAAGUGCAUCUUCUUCUGCGAGUUUCACCUGACACGCGGCACGUUGAUUCAACUGAAAUGCGAAGACGAGAAUUUUAAACUCGAUGACGUCCUACCCACCCAGCGCUUCGGCUCCUACUCGGCGGCCUUUAUUCCGAAGGACGAGCUGGUGAAUCGGCAGGUCCGCGUCGGCAUCCACGCCAAUGGCCGGAAAUACAAAGUGAUGGGAUAUCCGGUUGCGCUGAGCCUCCGUAUCGCCACGUGGAACAAGUGCGAGGUGCCGAAGGAGUCGAUCGAGAUCUACAAGCGUGGCAAGUACCGCUUCUGCAUCUGUUUCGUCGUCCCGCACGAGAUCGAGGCCACCGAGAAUGACUUUGUGUACGAGCCGGUGAUCGAGAAGCUCACGGAGUACAUUGUCGGACUCGAGCAGGAACGCCACUGGCUGUCGGGGCGCAAAAGUGACGAGGCGUUGCAACGGCUUUUCGAGUACACGCUGAUCUCGCUGAACACUACUGGCGCCGUCUGCUACCAGGUCACCGACCAUUGUUGCAUCUACCUCAAGCUAUCGCCACUCCAAAUGGGCCACGAACCUCCAGAGGUCUAUCCACACACCGUCCCAAUCCCGCAGCUCGAAAUGUGGCGCUGGCGCCGUAACAAGACCCGGAUGGACAUUGUUGCUCAAAUGAUCAUCCCAAAAAUCGAUGGACUUCGAUGCGUCAAGGAAAUCUCCAUAAUGACCGGGCUGGACGUCGAUUUGGUCAUAAGGUGCAUUCGAAACCUGUGCUACUACGAGGCGGUCGCCCUGGUCCCAUUCUUCCUCUACUCGAACAACUACGUGGCCACCGAGAAGCUGCACAACUUUUUCAACGACCCCGAUGCCAUCAAGGAGUGCCUGGACUUUGUCCGCCGUCGCGUCAAGGGAAGGAGGAAGCGCCAUCCGAAGCUUUUGGCGCGCCCGACUUUCCAUGAUGUGUUCCGGCUUUACUUGAACUUAAAGAUCGGUCAGCGCCUCUCCGAGUUUGUGAUCGUCAACGAGCCCAAGACGAAGAUGGUCGACGUGCGGCGCUUCAUCCAGUUCGGCAUGGUGCGCGGCUUCCUGCGCAAGCUGUCCAUCUACCCGCUGGUCAUGCCCGAAUAUAAGCAUAUUCCUGCUCUCUCCAUCUUCAACGGCACCACCGCACUGGAGGACAUUGCCGUCGAGUACGCCAUCGAACCGACCGAGCUCCACCGGAAGCUGAUCGAGAGCGGCAAGAUGACGUUCAUCACCAAA